AUGCCCACUAACAAGCACUUGAAAAGCAUUGUCUUCUGCGCCGCCGCGAAAGUAGAAGCAGACAUACACACCUACCCCACACGCUUCCACGACAUCGAAGAAGUCAAAGAGUACAUCAACACUACCUGCAAGCAGUCUGGGAACCAGUACAUCACCACCAAGCAGUUCUUGACGAAGCAGGAGCUGGCAUAUGUCAAGGACAAGGUAUGCUUCGUGGUAGCCUGCAAGGCUUUCAAGCAAGGAGAGUUCUACCUGGAGGUCGGACUGGUGGACCGGUCAGCUCUGAGAGGAGCUAUCGAAAGCGACAUUAAAGAGCUCUUCACCCGCAUCCACACAUGGCCAACAGCCUUCUCCUCCCUCAAUGCGGCUCGAGACUACGUUGCCGGUUACUCGCGCUGCAUCCAUUUCUCAUACACAUACUGGCCUGACAUUGAACCAUUUCGCUUCCGGAAGAUCGUCAACUUCAGCACGGCAAAGCUGGCGUUUAAGCGGGGAAAGUUUAAGAUCUGGGAAGGAUAUGAGGAAGAAGAGGAGUCUGAUGAUACGGAUGAAACUGCCGUCGAGAGCACUCAGGUCAAGAAGACGGAGAGGGAGGUCUCUACACUGGCGUAUCGGAACCGUUCCACCGGGUCUACUGUGACCCCGCCUGUCGAGACACCCGUCUUUUCUACUACCACCGCCUUCGGAGACGCUAUCGACACGAUCAACACGGCGAUUGCGGAUACUACUGUUGAUGAUGUGCCAGACUUGCUGCUAGAGGAGCUUCCUGAGUCCAUCAGGAUUGUAGGAGAGAAAUGUCAGGAGCCUGCCAUGUCACCUCAGGAGACUAUUACGCCCUUUCUGGUUGAGAUCGAUGAAGAUCCGUUCAAAGACCUCAUCGCUGUCUUGAAGCGUGAGAGCAUCCUCAAAGCGGCUUUCGAGUGA